CCAUAAUUUAGAAUGCUAUUGAAGUAGUCUGCCUUUCACCCUUACCCGGUGGGGAAUAAUUGUACUGUUUACUUUUGUAUCCCCUGUGGCUUUGGACUUUAAAUUAUGCUUAGAAUGUGAAGGCUUAGCUUCCGAAAGUCGCUCCUUAAUUGGCCGCCUAGUGUAGCACAAGCGACCAUAUUUCUUGACUUGUUAGUGAAAGCUGUCUACUGUUGACACCAAAAAUUAUGUCUGGACGGUGUCCUCGUUGUAAUGACCGUGUCUAUGCAGCGGAGCAAGUUAUAGCUGGAAAAAACAAGUAUCAUAAACGAUGCUUCACUUGCAACAACAAGCCCACUUGCAACAAGUCCUUAGACAGUGGCUCAUUCAAUGAGCAUGAUGAUCAAGUGUACUGUAGAGGCUGCUAUGGCAAACUAUUCGGACCCAAAGGAUAUGGCUAUGGGGCUGGGGCUGGCGCACUCCACUUGACUGGAAAGUAAACCCCUAAUUUUGGUCACAUUCAGUGACAUGUAACUAAGUUACUUUGCACAAUGUAUUUUCAUGUGGAUAAAUGAUCAAACACUUGUCAACUAUAUUUUGAUACAAGCAUUGUAGACCCUUUCAUAGGGGGUUAAUUAUUAAUGCCUUUUUACUGUAAAACAUAAGUUUAAGAAUGUGAUGUUGCCAAGGGAAAGGUGAUCUACUAUGGUUUUAUUAUAGAUUUAUAAGACUAGUUUUGUAGCAAAAUAAAAUGAACAAAACAGAGUUA